UACCUGCAGCCGCAGGUAGUAACUCCUCACUCCAGCAACAAAGGGCUUGGACUUAAUCCUCUCGCUUCUUUCAGGUGCGGUAAAUAUAUUUUAUAAGGCACUACUAAGAAACAAUACAUGUGCUUGUUUUGAACGACAAGGUUAUUAGGGAUUGUUUGCAAUGGCAGCGAGCGCAGGGCCGGUCAUGAAUCCGCCGCAGCAGCAGCAGCAACAGGCGGCCGAGGAGCGAGUGGUUUUCACGCAGCUUAAACCGGUGAGGAUGUCCGGAGCUGACGGUGCGGAGGAGGCAUCCGUGUUUGAGGACGUUAAACCCGGGGCCCAGUUGGAGAUGGACAAAUACCUCCCUCAGAUCACCAGCUCCCUUUUGAGUCCCGCCAUUGACCCCGAUGACAAGAAGUACAGGCGGGACAGCGCCUCCGUGGUGGACGAGUAUUUCUCCGAGGACAAACACGGCACUCCGUACAGCCUCAACAUCAACGUCAUCCUGCCCAGCACCACUCACCUGCGCACGGGCCUCUACCGCCACAACUCCAAGACCCUCGCCCCGCAUCAGAUCAAAACGGAACCUGGACUGGAGGUGCCCUGCUCUUCCGUCAACUCUGCGACCCUGCAGGCCCUGCCGGACUUCACCUCGGUGUUCAGCGUGCCGCCUGUCGUCAACAACGUUUUCAUCAAACCGGACUUGAGCUCUGGUGGAGUCACAAUGUCAUCCACAGGGUCACAGCCGCAGCAACAUUUGGACACAGAGCUUCAAAUCGGACCCCAGGCCCCUCAGCCCCAAGUCUACCACAUGCCCAUCAGCAGUGUUGCUGACCUCACCAUGACUUUGUCACACUCUGGACCCUCAGCUUCUAGAACCAUGCUGAACCUGGGCAGUGGCGGCUACAUGCUGGCCGAGCACCAGCUGGCGCACCAACACUCUUACUACCAGGCCUCGACGGCUGCCGCCACGUCCCAUCACACAGGCCCCCACAGCCUGCCACCUUCUCCCCCAAAUUCACAGCCGGGAAGUCCUGAGGGUCAAGCGGAGCUACUGAGCCUGGCCUGCCAACCGCCGCCUCCGUACCAGCACCAUCUGAGCGGUAUCAAAGUGACGGGUUUGUCCCAUCACGCCCUGCUGAUGACUCACGGCCAGGGCGUCCUAACAGGGCCCAAAUACAACAGGCGGAACAACCCGGAACUGGAGAAGAGGAGGAUUCAUUUCUGUGACUACCCAGGGUGCACUAAAGUUUACACAAAGAGCUCGCAUCUGAAGGCUCACCAGAGGACGCACACAGGUGAGAAGCCUUACCGCUGCACGUGGGACAACUGCGACUGGCGCUUCGCCCGCUCGGACGAGCUGACGCGACACUACCGGAAACACACGGGCGCCAAACCCUUCAAAUGUGUCGCAUGCAGCCGCUGCUUCUCCCGCUCCGACCACCUGGCGCUGCACAUGAAGCGACACCAGAACUAACUCAAAAGUGUCCAACGGAGAGACUCGAGUCGUUCGCCUGGAUCCCACAAACCACUUCCUGUUGUUGCGACGAGGGAGCGAGAGAGCCGUCCGUUUUCAUGACCUCCCGGUGAGUCCCGCCCCCUUAAUGUCCGCCCCACAAAACUGGAAGAUAAAACAUUAUAACCGAUGGCGGGAAACCACGACGAUGGACGGACUGGAAUGCGACAACCUGCUACAUUACGCUCCAUUUCAUGUAUUCGGGGGGGAAAAAAUCGGAAACAUUUUUUUUUUUUUAAACAAUUUCAUCACUUUUUAGCUCAUUUUGUAAGCACACUUUUGCGCACAAGUUCGUUAAACGUGUUUAUUUUAAGUAGCGGUAACUAACAAAUGACGGAAAAAGAAGGAAAACUUCCUCGGAAGAGUUGAUUGAGUCUUGUACAAAAAACGGAAAUAGGAUAAUAUUCAAUUUUUUGAUAGCAACAUUUGUCGUUUUUAACAUUUUGCUAUAUCUAACAAAUGACAAUUGGCUACCAUGUUACGUAUGAACAGCCUUAAUAAGUAAUGUAUUGCACAAUUUUUACAGAUUUGGGCUAAAACAAUCAAAAGUAACUAACAAAUGACGGAAAAAGAAGGAAAACUUCCUCCAAAGAGUUGAUUGAGUCUUGUACAAAAACCGGAAAUAGGAUAAUAUUUAAUUGUUAUGGCAACAUUUGUCGUUUUUAACAUUUUGCUAUAUCUAACAAAUGACAAUUGGCUACCGUGUUACGUAUGAACAGCCUUAAUAAGUAAUGUAUUGCACAAUUUUUACAGAUUUGGGCUAAAACAUUCAAAAGUAACUAACAAAUGACGGAAAAAGAAGGAAAACUUCCUCAGAAGAAUUGAUUGAGUCUUGUACAAAAACCCGAAAUAGGAUAUUUAAUUUUUUGAUAGCAACGUUUGUCGUUUUUAACAUUUUGCUGUAUCUAACAAAUGACAAUUGGCUACCAUGUUACGUAUGAACAGCCUUAAUAAGUAAUGUAUUGCACACUUUUUACAGAUUUGGGCUAAAACAAUCAAAAGUAACUAACAAAUGACGGAAAAAGAAGGAAAACUUCCCCGGAAGAGUUGAUUGAGUCUUGUACAAAAACCCGAAAUAGGAUAAUAUUUAAUUUUUUGAUAGCAAUAUUUGUCGUUUUUAACAUUUUGCUAUAUCUAACAAAUGACAAUUGGCUACCAUGUUACGUAUGAACAGCCUUAAUAAUUAAUUUAUUGCACAAUUUUUACAGAUUUGGGCUAAAACAUUCAAAAGUAACUAACAAAUGACGUUAAAAGAAGGAAAACUUCCUCGGAAGAGUUGAUUGAGUCUUGUACAAAAACCCGAAAUAGGAUAAUAUUUAAUUUUUAUGGCAACAUUUGUCGUUUUUAACAUUUUGCUAUAUCUAACAAAUGACAAUUGGCUACCAUGUUACGUAUGAACAGUCUUAAUAAGUAAUGUAUUGCACAAUUUUUACAGAUUUGGGCUAAAACAAUCAAACGCGAACAAGUUUGCUGUCAAUGCUAUUUGCUAGUAACGUAAUGGCACAUAAGCACACUUAAAAUCAUCUUAAAUUUAGAAAUUUUUCUGGGGCUCGUUUAAUGGAAAAAGGUUCAAAAAUUAACUUUGAAGUAAUCUUCGGAUUAAAUUGGUUUUACCAUGAAUUGAUUAACGUGGAUAAUAUUUAAUUUUUAAAGCAACAUUUGUCGUUUUUAACAUUUUGCUAUAUCUAACAAAUGACAAUUGGCUACCAUGUUACGUAUGAACAGCCUUAAUAAGUAAUGUAUUGCACAAUUUUUACAAAUUUGGGCUAAAACAAUCAAACGCGAACAAUUUUGCUGUCAAUGCUAUUUGCUAGUAACGUAAUGGCACAUAAGCACACUUAAAAUCAUCUUAAAUUUAGACAUUUUUCUGGGGCUCAUUCAAUGGAAAAAGGUUCAAAAAUGAACUUUGAAGUAAUCUUCGGAUUAAAUUGGUUUUACCAUGAAUUGAUUAACGUGGAUAAUAUUUAAUUUUUAAAGCAACAUUUGUCGUUUUUAACAUUUUGCUAUAUCUAACAAAUGACAAUUGGCUACCAUGUUACGUAUGAACAGCCUUAAUAAGUAAUGUAUUGCACAAUUUUUACAGAUUUGGGCUAAAACAAUCAAAAGUAACUAACAAAUGACGGAAAAAGAAGGAAAACUUCCUCGGAAGAGUUGAUUGAGUCUUGUACAAAAACCCGAAAUAGGAUAAUAUUUAAUUUUUAUGGCAACAUUUGUCGUUUUUAACAUUUUGCUAUAUCUAACAAAUGACAAUUGGCUACCAUGUUACGUAUGAACAGUCUUAAUAAGUAAUGUAUUGCACAAUUUUUACAGAUUUGGGCUAAAACAAUCAAACGCGAACAAUUUUGCUGUCAAUGCUAUUUGCUAACAACGUAAUGGCACAUAAGCACACUUAAAAUCAUCUUAAAUUUAGACAUUUUUCUGGGGCUCGUUUAAUGGAAAAAGGUUCAAAAAUUAACUUUGAAGUAAAUCUUCGGAUUAAAUUGGUUUUACCAUGAAUUGAUUAACGUGGAUAAUAUUUAAUUUUUAAAGCAACAUUUGUCGUUUUUAACAUUUUGCUAUAUCUAACAAAUGACAAUUGGCUACCAUGUUACGUAUGAACAGCCUUAAUAAGUAAUGUAUUGCACAAUUUUUACAGAUUUGGGCUAAAACAAUCAAACGCGAACAAUUUUGCUGUCAAUGCUAUUUGCUAACAACGUAAUGGCACAUAGGCACACUUAAAAUCAUCUUAAAUUUAGACAUUUUUCUGGGGCUCGUUUAAUGGAAUAAGGUUCAAAAAUGAACUUUGAAGUAAUCUUUGGAUUAAAUUGGUUUUACCAUGAAUUUUAGCAUGAAUUGAUUUAACGUGGACCCCGACUUAAACAAGUUGAAAAACUUAUCCGGGUGUUACCAUUUAGUGGUCAUUUGUACGGAAUUUGUACUGCAAUGUGCAAUAUACUAAUAAAGUCUCAAUCAAUCAAUCAAUCAAUGGUACGCAUAUUUUUGAUUGUCUUUCCACAAAAAUUCACCCCAAUAAAUGUGAUUUUUACUCGUGCUAACAAACAAUUAAAAAAACAAAACCGUAAAUUACUUUUUGGGCAAAAGAAAAUUACGAAAGAAAUAUUAGUAUUUACUUAGUCAAAAUGUAUCUGGUUCGGCGGAAAUUUUUUUACGUUUUUGGGAAAUUUGUAUCAGUUUUUGAGAAGUUACAAUGUUUGCUGGCUGUUAAUGCUAAACGUUAAUGGAAAACUAAGCAUUAGCCUGGCAAAAUAGAACCAAUAAGUUGCUUUGAGGUUAUAGAAAAAUACGGCAUUUACUUUGGAAAAUGUAUCGGGUUUUAGGCAAAAUUGCUUUUAGUUCAUCUUUUGGGGAAAUUUGCCCAUUUGCUAGCUAUCAUAAUUAAAUUUGUAUCGCUCUUUAGGAAGUUAGCAUGAUUGCUAGCUGUUAAUUGCUUUGCAUUGAAUAAACAGUAGCCUGGCAAAAUAUACAUUUUCGAGCAAAAAAAUUUAAAUAUAGCAUUUACUUUGGAAAAAAUUCUUCUUAGCUAAUGAUCACUACGCUAAUCGCGAAAAACAUGAACACGAGUAUUCAAAUUUGCAAUUAGACUUAGACAAACUUUAAUUGUGGUGUUUGAUACUUUUGACUGAUCAGAGAAUUGCACAAACUAUCCACCAAAAUGUUGUUAGAUAACAAACACGUAAUUAUGAGUAGCUUACGACAAAAAAAAAAAAAUGCUACGUUAAGACCUCAAAGUGACAAUCUGCUUUCUUAGCUCCGACGUACGGAAGGAGGCAAUCACCUAAUCUUUUGCUAAUGUUAGCUAAGUCUUUGUCCAUUAGCACUAAUAACGUAAACUAACGCGCUAAAUGGGAAGGUUGACGUCAUUUUGGACUCGUAACAUCCCGGAAUGGUUUUUCACAACAUAAGGCGUUUUUUUCCGCUUGCGGACAGGUGGACUCCGACGCCUCGCCCUCUUGUAAAUAAUGUUUAUAUAUCUAUUUUAUUUACGUACAUGUGUCUGCGAAAACAACGAAUGUAAUUCGACUUCUCCUUUGGUGUUGAUACGACUUCUCUAAAAAAAAUAUUAAUAAUUAAAAAAAAUUACAUCAUCUGCUAAAGUAAUGGGACAGCUAUGCCAGAGCGCUGAGUAAUCAGACAAUGUUUUGCUUUGUUUGUUUCCAUAGCGACCUUUGCUGCUCAGUCCUUUUUACUGUCACAUAUUUAUACAAUAACGUCACCACGAAAGAAAACUUGAAAUAAAAAAAUACGAUUUGAAAAAAUAUUAUCAGAAGUUCCUUAAUUUUUUACAAUUACUUCUAGGACAUUUCUCUUUCCUUCUUAAUGCACUAAACUGAAAUUGUCUUUUAUUUCAACACUUGUCAUUCCUGCUGUUUUUUUUGUUUUUUUUUCCAAAAGGAUUUAAGUUCUCGGAGCGUAGUGUGUACAUAAAAGUCUUUGUAAAUAUUUUCUUUGGUUUUGAAUGUCUUCUUAUCUGGAUUUUUAAUAUUUUGUGUUUUUUGUAACUAAUGGGAUUUUAGAUUGAAUUUUUGUUUUGGACCAUUUUUUUUUCCCUGUUUGAACUUUAAAUGACGCAAUGAAAUAAUAAAAUGUGUGCGAUAAUGCAGAA